GAAAAGUUUUUAAGAGUGAAAAGUCCCUCACGCCUAAGAGAGGAGGAAAGAAGAGUUCACUGUUUCCCUUUAGCAGCUUUUGAUGUUAGAAAGAAUGUAGUCCUCAUGUAAAUGUAACCCCAGUGGGGGCAGAGCCCACUGCAGUGGGACCUCCCUCACGAAAGUGCCGGGAUUCUCUACUUCCCCCCCGAGCAAAGCAGGCGCAUUCUCGACAGGAGCGGGAGCCUUGCAGCUCCUCCGGAGCCASAGGAAUAGCCAUGUCCACGGGGAAGAUCUGCUGCCUGGUGCUGCUGACCCUGGCGGUACUGACGGUGGCAGUGACACUGGUGGUGAUCCUGACUCAAGGCAGGCGCGGUGCCCAGCAGUACCUGCACGSUGCCGUGGCUGCUGACACCGAGACCUGCUCCCUCAUCGGCCGGGACAUCCUGAAAAGUGGAGGCACAGCUGUGGAUGCUGCCAUUGCUGGCUUGAUCUGCACUUCAGUGAUGAACCCUCAGAGUUCAGGCCUGGGUGGUGGGGUCAUAUUUACCAUCUACAAUGCCAGCACAGGAGCAGUGGAGGUGAUCAACGCCCGCGAAACAGUCCCACAAGUGUUUCCUCACAACUUAGUGCCUUGCCCUACUUCUGGUUUCCCUGUUGGUCCCCGCUGGAUUGGUGUGCCUGGAGAACUCCGUGGGUAUGAGGAAGCCCACAAACGACACGGCCGCUUACCAUGGAAAGCCCUAUUUGAACCAACUAUCAAGCUCCUUUCAGAGCCAUUGGUCAUUUCCCCAGUUCUGAACAAAAUACUCCAUCACCCAGCCUUCUCUGUCCUGGGGAAAACCCUGUGCCCACUGCUAUGUGAUGGUCAAAGAUUUCUGAAGCUUGGCGACAGCUUCCGSUGGCCAGUGCUGCAGCAAACACUGCAAGCUGUAGCAGAACACGGAGCUACAGCAUUUUAUGAAGGAGAGAUAGGAAAGGCCCUGGUGGAGGAUCUUAGGAAGGCUGGGUCCAGUCUCUCAMUGGAGGACCUUCAGGCAUACAAAGCAGAGGUGUCCUCAGCUCUGAACAUCACCCUGAAUAACCACACCACAAUGUUCGCUCCAGGACCACCCAUGGGAGGUGCAGUGCUCAUGUUCAUCCUCAAGGUAUUGGAAGGAUAUAAAUUCCACGAAGCAUCACUGGCAACACCUGAGGAGAAGGUAGAAACCUAUCAUCGCAUUGCAGAGGCCCUGAAGUUUGGCAACAUGCUAAGACCCCACAUGAGUGACCCAGCCUUCUCUGAAGCUAAGGUGCCUGUGGGAACCCUGUUGUCUGAUCAGUUUGCUGAGCUUGUGAGGCAGCGAAUAGAUGCUCGUGGUGACCACUCACUGAGCCACUACAACCUGCUGGARUCCCUCUACAAUGACAAAUAUGAAAGUAUGGGCACGAGCCACAUCUCCGUGCUCGCUGCAGACGGCAGUGCCGUGUCUGCCACCAGCACCAUCAACUACCCGUUUGGCUCCUUUGUGUAUUCUAACCAAACUGGGAUCAUUUUAAAUAAUGAACUUGCUGACUUCUGCAUAGCAAACAGGAGCAUUAAAUCAGGAGAGAAGCCUCCCUCAGCAAUGGUGCCUUCCAUCCUCAUCUCCAAGACAGGAGACAUGCUGGUGAUAGGAGGAGCAGGAGGGGCCUGGAUUAUCAGUGCUACCACCAUGGCAAUUAUAAACAAGCUGUGGUUUGGCUACGACUUGGAACACGCCAUUUUAGCUCCUGUCAUGCACACCCAGGGUGACAGUGUCCUGUUCGAGGAGCAUUUCAGUCAGGAGGUUAGGACUGGCCUGCUGGAGAGAGGACAUAAAGAAAAGAAAGAUAAAUUUGCAAUGAAUGUUGUGCAGGGAAUUUCCAAGGAAGGAAAAUUCAUCUCUGCUUUCUCUGAUAAAAGGAAGCUGGGGAAGUCGGCUGGAUAUUAGUGUGAAAUGCCAUCACAAUUCACAAAGCCUCAGGAGAUUCAGAACAUGCCUUGCUUGGACAUGCCCAUAAUUGCCUGUUCCCAUCAGGAUGUCUCCYAGAGCACAGGCAAAGCCUGUGAUUACAUCUAAUUCCAGCAGACUGCAGGUCUCCCUCAGGCAAUACAAGGAGAGGUCAGCCAGCCUUGUUUAGAGCUACCUUCCAUUAUUAUGUGAUACACAGAAAACAUAUUUCUUGAGCACAUCAGUUACUCAGAAUGAGAGAACACAAAGUGCGAAAGGAAAAUUGGUCCAAAACCCACUAGGAUCACUGUGAAAUGACCCAGCUGUAUCUUCCAUUCCUGCUGGAGUCUCGGUUUCUUUCAGGCUGUUUCACAAGAAGCUUGUUAUUACCAGGGCUCAGCAAUGUGAAAUACAUAACAAUUUUAGCUGUGAUCAAGAAGUGUCUGUAGGGUCGGGAUUUUAAAGUCCGAAGCAUACAGGUUUAGAGAGUGGGUUUAGAAAGGGAAGAGAUCAAAAUUCCACACACCCCCUCUCAGUUUUCCCAUCCAAAGAAGCCCAACUUUUCCCUAAGGUGGCAAAUGAAAUCACAUCAUGGCACAAGUGCUGCCCUGCCCGCUGCUCUCUGCCUCGGGAGUGCAAAGGACCCCACAGCCUCAGAGUAACUGCACCAACACUUCCUCCAGCYCUGCAUGUGGUGACUCUGAGAACGGCCUCCCAUGGGGGGAUGUGGAUUCCCUGCCCCUGGGGUGGACAGACUUCAGAUGAGCUCCCUGGAGGCCUCUCCUUGCGGUGAGAGGAGUCCCAGUCUGUGCCAGUUCUCCGUUCUCAAUGCCGGUACAUCAAUCUUUGGGAAGGCAGCUCAGGACUGCAGUGGAAGUGGUGUUUAGAACUUUCUUCAAACUGCAAAGGAUAUGUGAUCAGGAGAUGUUGUUUGUAGCCCUGAGCUCAGYCUGGCCAGGAAACACAAAGACUGCUGAGAAGUGAUGCAGGACUAUCAGGCAUUAACAGAAUUCUCCCUUAUYCUACGCACAUGCUCCAAAUCCCUGUUUACCACAGCUGGUCUCUAGUGUUCCCUUCAGACCACAGGGAAGGCAUUGUAGGACUCAAAGAACUAUCAGAGAAAGAAAACGUUUGGAGAAGAGACCUGAACUCAUGCACCUGGAUGCAAAAAGUCUUUUGCAGUUAAUCCAUAACCUUGCCCUACUCAAAAUGACCAAGAGAAUCAAGCAUUUAACAAAGUAAAACUUAAAACCCUGAAAAAACCCAAAGCUCUUCAAAUAUGCAAGGUCAAAUUCCCAUAAUCCUAAAAAAUUCCAUUUUCUGAAAGCUUUCAAGCUUGAUUGCCCUAUGGGCACAGUGUUGUGUGUGUAUCUGAAAGAGACUCAAACGAGAGCCAGGCACGAGCAGACCCCUCCCCUCUGCACACACAGCCCAUGGCACUCCUAGUUCACCAACAAAUGCAAUCCCUCUGUAAACAUUGUAACACGCACACACUGUUUAAAAACACAAAUUAAAACAAGGCCAGCUAGAUUUUACGCCAAUGUUUUUACCCACAAAGCCUGUCCAAUAAACACAACAAUUUACUGAAAUCUCAACCUUCAUUUGGAUUUCUCAGGGAAGCUGACCAGAGCCAGACAUGUGUUUUCCUUCACAAGCUGUACAUCAAGGACUGUGGCGUGACCACUGCUCUAUCAGUUAAUGAUGGCUGAGUUACCAGAUCGUAACCACAAGCAUUUAAUCAUGCAGCUGGAAAUCAAGUUACAUGUGUAUGGAGCCAGCUCCAUGCACUGCCCUGCURCCCCUUAUCCCAGUGGAAUUCUUAAAUCCUCGAGUUCAGGAAUGAGGAACUGCUAGUUUCACCAUCAGAGCUGUUCACUCACACCAUGGAAGUGGCUUGGCACCCUGAGAGGCAGCAUUACAGUGCUGGGAAGUGAAUGGGAAAAGCAAAAAUGGGAAUGGGAAAGCAAAAAGGCCCAAAGGCUGAGGAGGGGYAGUUUUAUGUUCACUUGGAAGGGGUUACAUUGACUACAACUACCAAAGAAACCAAAUCUAUUAAUUUGCUGAAGUUUUCUACCUUGGUUAACUCUCUUGCCCCAGCUACCAGCUCCUGGGUGCAAUGGUUCUAGUGUCAUUUAGAAAUAACACCCGACUGAGAGCUGUGCAGGGGAAGCACUGCCAGGCGCCAGACACCAUCUGCAGCUCCCAGACGCACAGACUAGACCGGAUGCUGCCUUUGGCAGGAUCCAUGGUUAUUUCCAGCUAACCCCACUGAGCCGAGAGUUUACAAUCAGCAUCUGAGAGUGACACUGGCUGCAGACAGGGAGAGCAGUCCCUGCUGGGCCUCAGGGCCACCUUCAGCAGCUCUCUGGUCCCACUCCAUCAUGUUUCACUACAGCAAACCCAAGUCACCAAGUAAGGAAGUCUUCCAUUAGCUUUGCUUCUGAUACACCUUAGAGUGAAGCACCCUGCAGUACUCCAGCCUAUCACCUUUCCAAUGCAGCAGUAUCACAGCUACUUCCCACCACAAAGASAUGGGAAUAUUAUCUUUAGUCCAGUACCCAUUGCAAUUUAUCUACUUUGCUACUAACCUUGCAACUGAGCCAAUGGAGCAGUUUAAAAAUGCAUCACAGCUUUAAUUUUCAAGACAGAAAGGAAUGGGAGUGCAGAUCUCUCAGUAUGGCAGAGACUCCAGUCCUACAGUC